AUGGUAACCUUUGCAGGCGCGACAAGUUCGUGCCAAACAGAAGACGGUCAGUAUGAUGUCACUGUAAAUUUCCGUGGUAAAAAUGGUCAAGAAACUCCUAAAUCGACAAUAAUUGCAUUUUACGCCUUUAUGUCAAAACCGAUAACAAACCCGUCCAGUGGUCGACGACUGAUAUUUGAUGUACUAACGACAAAACAGGAUAGUGGAUAUAACAGCCAUACUGGUGUUUUUACCAGUCCAAAGACAGGAACGUACGUUUUUGUGUUGGUUGUUAGAUUGUACUCUGCAUUACAUUCAAUUCAGUUAAUGAUUAAUAAUUCUGUAUAUGGAAUCACCUUUCUUAACGCCAAAAAAGCGGACAGCACUGUCAGUAGUGCUGUUGUUGCAAAUGUGUCGAAGGGCGAUACUGCAUACGUUCGUACUCACUCUACAUACAAAGGAAUGGGUAAUAUAUACUAG